GACUGUACUCCUCGCAGAUCUUCCACGACUACCCACUGCCCAGCCCUUCCUAACACUCGUACACGCCCUCUCCACCAAACGAGUCGAAUUGAGCAACCUGCCAAACGCCCCUUCUGGCUGGGUGACGAUGCCUGUGCUCAAUACAAUGUCUGUUCAGAAGCUCAAGAAACGGACAGCGCUGUCGCUUGGUCUUUCUGAGAUGUCUGCAUCCGAAACUGUUCAGUAUGCUUGGUCUGUCACACCCGAAACCGACGAUCUCGCAGCACUACAGCACAUCAAGGUCAGUGUAGACUGCAGACUCAAACCUGCUUUUGUCAUGGAUGACGAGCUUGAUUGCCGGGUGGACGCAUUCAUUCAGCACGUCGUCUCGCGCCCAGCUUCUGCGCAUAGUGGAACGUCGCCACGCAGACCGGCAACAGCCAAGAGCGUGGUCUCACAAGGCGGAUACCCAAUCAUUAAAGAUCGUCCGCAAAGCAUGAGUCUUCUUGCUCCAGCCAUCACUAAGGGUUCUACCAUUAAAAGCCAGCAUGCUGUCAUUCAAGACCCACUCGACGCUACUAAUAGCGGGACUUGGCAUCGUCGUGUGCUCUCUGUUGGCGAAAAAGGCCUCUCAGGCAUCCCUAGUCUUGUUUCUACGCUGAAGAGGAGAAGUAUACAAAACUCGCCGGAGAGGCCUGGCACAAGUGCAGGGCAAGAAUCCUUACCGGGGCGAAAUCUGAGGGUAGAAGAAAAUCCACUUCGCGAGAACACUGCGCCCUCUUUCAGGCAAGACUUCACUGCUGAUACUUUUGCGCGCAGAGGACGUUCUCCGGUCAAGACUCAAGCGGCCUUCAUUCCGAAUCUCGAGCCUGCAUGCCGACAAGAUGCUUCAUGGCCGUCACCCACGGGAUCGCGCAGCAGCUCGCCUAACCGCAAGAGUCGCAGUAAAUCUCCCGUUCGUCUCAACAUGUCGCACUGCCCUCCAACACUUGAAUGGGAUCGUCCUGCAUCACCGCUCAAACAACAAUUGACGGGUAACUCCUGGUUGACGAGCUGGUGGACGCGUGGCAAUAAUGCCUCAAAGAAAGAUUCGCCACGGUUCCAUCUGAAUAGGCUCGAAGCCAAGAAUCAGACCCUCAAAGGCACGCAUCGCGAUCUUGUCGACUUGCGCGUUCAGCUUGGCACGUCGCCAGAUUUUUGGCUGGUUGAGUUCAUUGCAGAGGGUGGUUUGGUGUGUUUCGCAAAACUGCUCGAUCGUGCGCGCAUUGCAGAUAUCGAAGCAUCAGCCUCAGCGUGCUUGGAGAUCGUCAAGUGUGUGCGUGUUCUGCUCAAUACAACACCAGGGUUCGAUGCUGUAAUCAAAACACCUGAUCUCAUCUGUUCAUUGUGCUGGCUUGCAAGAGACGGUUCCCUCAAGUGCCAAACAAUAACAAAUGAUUUGCUCUCUGGUCUUUGUGUGUGUAGUCCGACACUCGGCACAGACAUCAUUGAGGUGGAGCUUGGCAAAACUGGUCAUCGCUCAACGCGAUUCGACUGGCUUACGCAAGCGCAGGCAGUCGCCAGUGAUGAUCUUGACUUGCUACGUUCUCGCGCACAGCUCAUCAAUGCUUUGACGAAUUGCUGGCAUACAGCAGAAGACAGGGUCGUCUUUCGCAGACUGCUUGGACGGGAGAAAGUUAUGAGCUACAGCACUGCAGCCAAAUUGAGUGAAGAAAUCAAGUCUCAGCUUGAAUUUUGGUUGAGCUUUGCUGAUGAGGAUGCGGCUGAGCUGCGUCGUCUGCUGGCAGAGGAAUCAUUGCGCACUUUCGAAAAGGCAGUCUUGACCCCGGAUACUGCGAAGCAGGAGACUGAAGAUUCUCCAUGUCGAAGUUCUGCUCCAAGCGGAACUGCACCUCAAGCCAGGCAACUCACAGCACGCUUUGAAGCUGCCAAGACCGAAAGAGCCCUGCCUGCAAUCCCAACAGGAGAAGAAGACGAAGAGCUCUGUGUCCUAAAAGAUCAGGUCUCCGAGAUGCGCGAGCUAGUUCAAACACUCCGACAAGAGCUUGCCGUACAGAAGGAGGAGAAUUUGCAAAAGCUGCAGACCAAGCUUCCCGAGAUGCGUACCUCGGCGACUUUGUCCACCACGGAAGUACGCAGCAUCAUGAGACCAGUUGCUCGACAUCAGCGGCCCAAGUCGAUGAGCAGCCUCGAACAGAUUCAAAGCGGUCCGCAGUCUUCUGUUUCUCCGUCUCCGCCUCGGCAGGCGCGUGCUCCAUCACCUUUACGAAAGGAACUUUUUGUACCACGCAGCAAGAAGGAGAAUCUGCUCCCGGUUGCAAGUCUCAGGGCACCACCUAUCAGGCCUCUGCAAAUCCGUCAGCCAUUGAGAGUGCUCUCCAACGUCAGCGAGCAUUCACAAGAGGCAGAGCAACCAUUAGAUGCAGUUGCCAAAGAGCAACUUGCUACACCAGCGACUGAAGUGGCCCCAAUCAUUGACGACAAGCAGGAAGCUCCUCUGACUUCUGACGUGGCUCCUAGUACACCUGAGAAGGCGGUCACUGCUUCAGCUAUCGAACCGCAAACGAUCAUUACAGUGCCCACUCAGAAGUCCUCAAACAGCACGAUCUCCACAUCCAAGGUACUGCCACCGCCUCCGCCGAGUCCGGGCAUGUUGUUGCUGAGCAGAAAUACGCCACCGAACGCCCAUGGCACCAGACAUCGAGGUGCCUCACCUAGCAAGCCGCUCAAGCCUCUCUUUUGGGACAAACUCUCUGCUUCGCAUGUCGGCGAUGGCACCAUCUGGUCAGAAGUGGCGGCGACAAAGACACUGGAUGAUGUACAUGAGAGCAUGAAGAGUGACAUUCAACGCUUCUUCGCCAAAGACACUGCACCAGGACAACGCAGUGGUCCAUCAGCCUUUGCCAAGCCUGUCGUCAAGCGUCAUAUUUCCUUAAUCGAUCUGACACGAGCAAAGAAUAUGGAAAUCGUGCUAGCACGCAUCAGGUUGCAGCCAGAAGAAUUGCGCCAUGCAAUAUUGCAGAUGGACGAGAAUAAGCUUUGCAACAGCGACUAUCUGCGCACACUGAUGGAUGUUGUUCCGACUGUCGAGGAUAUCGCUGCAGUCAAUGCGUAUGAUGGCGAUGUUGCAAUGCUCGGCACUGCGGAGAAGCACAUCCUGGCGCUUGGCAGCAUCGACCAUCUGAAGGAAAGACUCGGUGCUAUGGCGUUCCGGCAACGCUUCGAUCUGGACGUGGCAGAAUUACUGCCUGAUUUGGACACUAUGCGGCAUGCUUGCAGAGAAGUGUAUGAUUCGCAAAUCCUCAAGGACAUGCUGACGCUGGCCCUUUCUGCGGGCAAUAUUUUGAAUGCCUCGACGUUUCGUGGUGGCGCUCAAGGAUUCAAGUUGGGUAGCCUGCUCAAAUUGUCAGAAAUCAAGAGUACAUCUAUGAGCAAGUGUGGUGCAACACUUCUUCACUAUCUGGUUGCAGUGCAUGAAAAGAAGAUCAAAGGUCGCGUUGAUUUUGAAACUGCAAUUCCGCACUGUGCAGCAGCUUCCAGGGGUAUGCCGUCAAGAGGAACAUGGCCGAAGCUAACAGACAGUAUCCAGCAAGUCCCUGCACGAGGGCGUUGCGCAGCUUGAACGGGGUUUACGCCACAUCAAAGAACAAGUGUCACGCAUGCCGGUCGCUAAGGACAGCGAGCUGGAUCUAUUUCCUCGGAAAAUGACUACAUUUUUGGAUCGCGCAACCAAGAUUGUUGAGCGCCUAGUCAGUGAUGAGUCAGCUCUGCAAGUACAGCAAGCCGGUCUGCUUGUAUAUCUUGGAGAGGAUCCAACGGUGCCAAUGGAACAGGUCUUUACCACAUUGUGG